AUGGUUCAUGGUCAUCACCGUCACUCGCGCAUCGGCAACCUAAUUAGCGCCAAGCGCCGCCUGGAUGCUAAGCUCGAUGAAAAAGAUGGCUCUGGUUUACUUGAGGAUGAUACAUUUCAAAACCCCAUCCUCCCAGUUACUGUUAUAAUUCCGGAUGAAAAUUGCGACUCGAAAAACUCCAUGUGUCUUGAGCAUGGCAUGAAUGAAUCUGAUCCACUGCUUGAAAAGCGGGACGAGACGACCUCCGCCGACCCGACUGUUACUGAGACUGUAUUGCAGAUAGUCGAUGCUAGCUCACAGACCAUUUUUCAAUCGACCGGUACUGAUUUUCCGACGACGAUAUCGGAUUCCACGGACGCCAUUUACACUCUACCGAGCUCGGACAGCUUGACAGCGACUGCACCUGCAACUACAACUACAACUACGAGUACAAGUUCCUCUGUAGAUUUAGGGCCGACCUCGCCGGCGCCUACCUCUGCUACCCAACCGACAGCGUCGCCACUACCCGAGACGUCAUUUUCAAGCAACUCCACGAUCUCAACUCAAACUUCUUUGACCUCCACAAACUCCACAAGUCAACUUACAACCGCAUCAAGAUCUACCUCAGCAACAGUCAUCACUUCGCCUGGAUGGACUUCUACUCCCCUCGUCGGGCCUUCUAGCUCUAUGCCCUCUGUUACGACAACCUCAACCCAGGCGCAUAACUACUGGUCAUAUUCCGGCUCUAGCACCGACUCAGGUUUCGACCCUAGUUCCGGUUCCGGUUCUAGCUCCAGUUCCAGCUCGACGACCACGACUUCUGACACAUACUACAUAACCUCUUCGUCAGGUGUAUACGGAGGUGCUGAGUCAACUGGCUCUGGGACUGGUACCGGAUCCGCACCAACUACAAGUGACACGAACUCGGGGCACGAUUCAGCAAUCGAUCCUGAGACAUCUAAAAUCGUGGGCGGUGUAGUAGGCUCAGUUGCUGGUCUCGCUCUCAUUCUUUUCCUUCUAUUUUACUACCUCCGCCGCCGAGGAUUCUUUAUGGGGAAAAUAGGACGUCCCACUAUGUUGGGUGACGCGGCAGCAGGGGCUGGAGCAGGGGCUGGGUCUCGAGAAAUGGUCGAGCGACGCGAAAGCAAAGACCCCCUCUUCACAGCCUCAUAUCUCGCUCCUGCCUUCAUGAAGCGAUGGCGACAGUCAACGGCAACAGCACGCUCUGGCAGUACCGUUGACUCUGCCCCCAGUGAACGCGGGUUCCAAAAGAUUUCUGGUAGAAAGCUUCCCCCCGUGUUCACCCACGGUGGCGACGGAUAUGGUGGCGGUCUAGACGGCGACUCCCCCACCAUACCAGGCUUUAUUGCUACCUCCCCAGCAACGGGACCAAUGGGGUCGCCCUCUGCUUAUGCUCCGCCCCCAACCUCACAACAUGGUGGCAUGCCCCUGGACUCAAAAUUCACCCGCGAGGUCGAAGAGCAAACACCACCGUUACGUCCCAAUCCCGUGCACCUCCCUGUCUCCAGUUCGGUCAACGUCGCUACCCCGAUUACGAUCACACCGGCCCACCCGAUUGCGCAGCCCCAGAGCGCAGUCCCCUUUGCGCCGCCGCGGCCGGAUGGGCUUGGCCGCAGUCUACAUAGUUUCGACGGGAGUCGAAGCAGCCGCUUUACUGAGGUUAUUGAUCCGUAA